AUGUCGGUCACCGUUACAGAUCUUGACGCCACCGUCAAGGCGUUCCAAGAAGGCAAGGGCGAGGUGCAGAAACAGGCUCAGCAGAAGCUCAAUGAAUUCAAGUCAAACCCGGAUGCGUGGUUGAUAGUGGACAAGUUGUUGCAGGAGUCCAUAUACAUGCCAACAAAAUAUCUUGGGCUACAAGUACUCGACGACGUGGUCAAUACACGCUGGAAGGUCCUGCCGCGAGAGCAAUGUCUGGGGAUCCGCAACUUCGUUGUCAACCAGAUCCUACAGGCUUCGGAGACCGAAGAAUCUCUCAAGGCCAACAAGCUCUUCCUCAACAAGCUGGACUUGACGCUGGUGACCAUUUUAAAGCAAGAAUGGCCACACAACUGGCCCACGUUCAUCAACGAGAUAAUCUCCGCAAGCCACAGCUCGUUGUCGGUCUGCGAGAACAACAUGACCAUCCUCCGAUUGCUAUCGGAAGAGGUCUUCGACUUCUCACAGGAUCAGAUGACUUCCACCAAAGCCAAAAAUCUCAAGACAACCAUGUGCGCUGAGUUUUCGUCAAUCUUUCAAUUGUGCAACGAAGUGCUCACCACCGCAAACUCGGUAACCCUAGUCAAGGCGACUCUCGAGACACUGCUUCGCUUCUUGAACUGGAUCCCCCUAGGAUUCAUCUUUGAGACGCAACUUAUCAACACCUUGGUCAGCCGCUUCCUCGAAGUGGACCAGUUUCGCAACAUCACCCUCAAGUGCCUGACUGAAAUUGGUAGUCUACAAUUGGGCUCUCAGUAUGAUUAUGAUGAGAAGCUUGUGCUCAUGUUUACCGAGACCUUGACAGUUGUCGCUCGGACGUUACCAUUAGAGACCGACUUCCGUGAGGCCUAUGCCAAAGCCAGACCUGCUGAACAAGAAUACAUCCUCAACCUAGCCAUCUUUCUGUGCAACUACUUCUCAGCACACCUACAGACUAUCGAAAGAUUGCCCAAUCCUGACUUUCUUCUCCACGGUCACUUCUACCUUAUCAAAAUCAGCCUCAUCGACGACCGAGAGAUAUUCAAAAUCUGUCUCGAGUACUGGAACAAGCUGGUACAGGAACUGUACGAAGAGAUGCAGCAGCUCCCAAUGACUGAAUUGAAUCCCUUAAUCAGUAUGGGGGUUAGUGGGCUUGCUAAUGGCGGUGCACCCCAUCCGAGUGCACUUGCAAAUUAUCCUCUGCGCAAGCACAAGUACGCCCAAGUCCUCUCCAGUCUGAGACAAGUCAUGGUUGAAAAGAUGGUCCGGCCCGAAGAGGUCCUGAUCGUGGAGAACGAUGAAGGAGAGAUUGUCCGAGAAUUCGUCAAGGAAAGUGACACUAUCCAGCUCUACAAAACCACACGCGAGUGCCUCGUGUAUCUGACGCACUUGGAUGUCGUCGACACCGAAAACAUCAUGUCCGAAAAGCUUCAGCGACAGGUCGAUGGGUCCGAAUGGUCUUGGAACAAUUGCAAUACAUUGUGCUGGGCCAUUGGCUCGAUAUCUGGAGCCAUGAACGAGGAAACCGAGAAGCGUUUCUUGGUCACCGUGAUUAAAGAUCUCUUAGGCUUGACUGAGAUGAAACGCGGCAAAGACAACAAAGCCGUGGUCGCCAGCAACAUUAUGUACAUUGUUGGGCAGUAUCCUCGAUUUUUGAAGGCGCAUUGGAAGUUUCUGAAGACUGUCGUCAACAAGUUGUUCGAGUUUAUGCACGAGACCCACGAAGGUGUGCAAGAUAUGGCUUGUGAUACUUUUAUCAAGAUUGCCAACAAAUGCAAGCGCCAUUUCGUGGCUUUGCAACCCGGCGAAACCGAACCGUUCAUCGACGAGAUUGUACGGAACAUGCAAAAGAUCACGUGUGAUCUGAGUCCUCAACAGGUUCAUACCUUCUAUGAAGCUUGUGGAUACAUGAUCUCCGCCCAGGGACAGAAAAGUGUACAGGAUCGGCUCAUCGACAACCUCAUGGCGCUACCAAAUGCAGCUUGGGACAAUAUUAUCCAACAAGCGAAUACAAAUCCUGCAAUUCUCCAAGACGCGGAGACCAUCAAGGUGAUUGGCAACAUCAUGAAAACCAAUGUUGCCGCGUGUUCAUCGAUUGGCCCGUACUUCUACUCGCAAAUCGGCCGCAUUUAUCACGACAUGCUUAACAUGUAUAGGGCAUCCAGUCAGCUAAUAUCCGACUCUGUCGCAUCCGGGGGAAACGUCGCGACCAAAACACCAAAAGUUCGUGGUCUUCGUACGAUCAAGAAAGAGAUCCUGAAGCUGGUCGACAUCUACGUGCAGAAGGCCGAUGACUUGCAGAUGGUGAACGACAGCAUGGUGCCGCCCUUGCUUGAUGCCAUCCUACUGGAUUACCAGCGCAACGUACCUGAUGCCAGGGAUGCCGAGGUCCUAAGUGUGACCACCACGAUUAUCCACAAAUUACACAAUCUUAUGGACGACAAGGUGGCCCCGAUCAUGGACAGCAUCUUUGAAUGCACGCUCGACAUGAUUAACAAGGAUUUCCACGAAUACCCUGACUUCCGCGUCGAAUUCUUCAAACUCCUUCAAGCAAUCAAUUUGUUCUGUUUCUCGGCCUUGUUGAAACUUGAUGGCCGACAGUUCAAGCUGAUCAUCGAUUCUUGCAUGUGGGCCAGCAAGCAUGACAAUCGGGAGGUCGAGAAUACCGGUCUCUCGAUGUGCUUGGAGCUGGUCAACAAUAUGGCCGAAACCGAUCCUCAGACUUCCGGCAUCUUCUUCCAACAAUUCUACAUCUCUAUCCUUCAGGAUGUCUUCUACGUCCUCACUGAUUCAGACCACAAGGCUGGAUUUAAAUCCCAGUCAGCGCUCCUGGCUCGCAUGUUCCAGCUCGUCGAGACCAACAAGAUCUCACAACCAUUGUAUCAGCCAGAUCAGGCUCCUCCUGGAACUUCAAACAAGCAGUUUGUCAGCGAGUUCACCGGCAAUCUGUUGCAACGGGCCUUCCCAAAUCUCAAGGAAAUUCAAAUCCAGCACUUCGUCGCCGGACUUUUCGCCCUGAACGAAGAUGCAACUAAGUUCAAGACUCAUCUGCGUGACUUCUUGAUCUCACUCAAGGAGUUUGCCGACGACAAUGCCGAGCUGUAUGCCGAAGAACGCGAGCAAGAAAAGAAGGACCUCGCGGAUGCAGAACGUCAACGAGCAAUGAAAGUUGGCGGUCUCAUCAAGCCUGCUGAUUUGGAUCAGGAUGAUGAGCUGUGA